CUGUGCGGUGCUGAACGAUCAAAACCAUCAAUAGCGCAUCGGUAAACCAAGAAGCGAGAAAUAUUUCCUGGUCUUGUGAUGACAGCUAGUAUGAUCAUUUUGAUUUGACCUUGCUGGCUUGCUGCAGAUUCUGGAAAUCAAUGCCUACUUGAUGGAGCUGAAUCUAAACUUCUGAUUUUUUAUUGAAAAAUGCCACAAGCACCCAGCACCAAAAUGCAGACCAAACUGAGCACCUGGACACCUCUAAAUCAUCAGAUUUCUAACGCUCAUGUUUUUGAAGAACGAAGAAAUCUGCUUGGAAAAUGGUUUGAGAAGUGGACAGACAGCCAACGGAAACAGGUGCUACACGAUUUUUUCUCCAGGUGCUCUGUCAGCCAGAUGAAGUAUCUCAGACAGACUUUGGACAGCUGCGUACCAGAGGAUGCCGUUGACUUCACCAGAGUUCUUCCCAGGGUCAUAUCCCUGUAUAUAUUUUCAUUCCUGGACCCCCGAAGCCUCUGUAGGUGUGCACAGGUGAGCUGGCAUUGGAAAAGCCUUGUGGAGCUUGACCAGUUGUGGAUGCCUAAAUGUCUGAAACUAGGCUGGUACAUAACAUUUACCCCAACACCGUUUGAGCAAGGUGUAUGGAAAAGACAUUACAUAGAGAUGGUGCAGGAGCUUCAUGUUAGUCGGCCAAAGGUGCCUACAAAGGAGGAGUUCAUUGUCCCGGAGGUGAAAGUAAUUAGCAAUGAGAUGGAGGGGUCAUUUUCUUUGACUGGUCACAAGGACUCAACGCUUGUCCUCUCGAGUCUGCAUGGGACGAAUAAAGAUGGGAAUGGCUUAGGGAAAUCAACCAAAGGUCUACCACCAUGGAGAGACUCAGAUAGACACCCCACUGAUACAAUGCGCUUUAACUACUUGGAUAACCUUGACCCAGUGGAGCAUGCGAGAAAAGCACUCAUAAAGGGCAAGAGUGUUAAUUCCAAUACAACAAAACAGGAAAACGCAAUGAAGGCACCAUCUUAUUCAACAUACAAACUGCGCAAGGCCAAAUCUUUGAUGUUUUUGUCCUUGGACCUGAAUGCAGCAGGUAAGCAAAAACAAAACAGGCCACAAUGGGCAAUACAGAGUUUGGAAACACGUCCAGAACACAAGGACUCUAUAAAGACCUCCCAGUGGAACGCAGGGAUACGCCCAGGUCCUGUGAGGCCUCCAGUGCCCCAACUGAGUAAGAGCGGGAUUCGUGCAUCACAGAGAUCUAUCAGAAGCACACCAACUGUGUCUCUUUUUGAAGGACAGCCAUGAAGGACACUUACACAUGGAGGAUUUAAUGAAUCUGGAGACACAAGGCCGUCUACUGGAUGAAGUUACAAUAGCAAAACACUGAUAUCAAUCUGUCCAUUCAUUCUCAGAACCUGUUUAUCCUCUGGAGCAUAUCCCAGCCAAAAACCUGAUAUGAUACAUAUAAAGUUUAUUUAUUAUUUAUUUAUUAUUUUUUAUAAUAAUGCUAUUAUUUGUAUGUUGAAACAAACAGCACAAUAGAGUUGUUAUUUUUUUCAUGAAUAUUUUUUUCUUUCUUUUGCAUCACCUUUUUAUGGCCAGUAGAGGUCCCCAUCUGCUCAUAGCCUUUGAGUUCGCCACUGGUAGUAGUGAUAAGGAUGGAUUUGCUACAAUUGUUUUUUCCCCAGAAAAAUAUAUUCAGUUAAAAGUUGAAAGGACAUGUGUUGUAUUUCUGACAAACGAUCAGACUUUUUUCUUGAUAUUUAUACGCAUAAUGUUAAUUAAAUUUGAAA